AGCAACGAGUAGAAAGAAAGCAAGGGAAGAAAAAGAAGCCGUAAAAACGGAUGACAGUGAGCUGAACAUGUCCCUCACAAAGUCCACGCUUUUGACUAUACCAACCGCAGGCGACCAGGAGAAUUUGAGGAGGAGAUCCACUGUAGACGCCACAGAGAAUUACGACCCAGAGCCGAAUCACCCGUUUCCACGGAAAUUAUCCCAAACGGCUCUUGCCAUCGGAUCGCAGCACCCGGAGCUCGUCGUCAAUGCCGCCGAGACGCCCUCUCCUGACCCGUCUUCCAUCCAUUUCUGCCAUUACACUCCCAAAUGUUUCUUAGCUGUGCACAGAGCUUGCACGGGAGCACACGGCAAUUCGGUGCGCUCCACGCCGUCGCGCUAUGGUGAGGAAGGUUGGCAUGAAAGCACCUCCAAGACCACCAUCAGAGCUGAGAAUGAGGUGGAGGCACACAAGGAAGCCAACAACUAUAAAUUUGGCUUCCGAAAAUGGAAAGGCAAUGUCACCAAGAGGCCCAUCGAAGACCAAUCAGAUGUGGUUAAAGAGCUCUACUCGGAUCUCAGCAUCGUCAAGCCCCAAGAAGGCUCCGUAGUGACCUUUGGGAAUAUCAUUUAUGUGAUUUUAUUCGGCUGGUGGAUGUCUUUAACCUACCUCCUCAUUUGUCUUGUGAUGUUUCUGACCAUCAUCGGUGCCCCCUAUGGAAAACUGUGCUUUAAGUUGGCCUUGUACUUUAUUUGGCCUUUUGGGAAAUCUGUGGAAAAGGCUGCUGACUUGGCAAUAAGAUCCACAAUGAAGCCACCGAGGUGUGAGGUCAUUCCCGAAGAGAGCGUUUCCGAGGACACCAAGGACUCUGGGCCUCUUCUGAUGUCCACCCCUUUACCCAUUGAGUUACCGUUGCCCGAAGGAGAUGUUCGGACCAGGUCUAAACACUGGUGUCGCGUGAGCACCUACGUGUGGCUUCUCCUGGGCUAUCCCGUCCUAGCGGUGGUGCACGCGGUGGCCUGCGUCAUAUCCUGGCUGCUGGUGUUUACUAUCCCCAUCUCCAAAAUGAACGCCCGCACGAUGGCCGUCAUCCUCCUCAUGGCGCCCGAGGACGUUCACAUCCGCGCUCUGGAAAAGACGAAUCGGUGCGAGGCGAGAGUCAUCCUGUGCUGCUACCGCGCCGUCAACGUUUAUUACUACAAGUACACCGUGCAAGGGAUCAACAUUUUUGCACUAAAUCUCCUUCCUUUCGUAAUAAUCACGUUGCUAAUCGGCUAUAGUGACCAGAACCACAAAUACUUAAGUUCCGAGACCAAGUUUGCCGCGGCUAUCACGUCCAUAAUCCCGUUGUCAUACUACAUCGGCAUGGGCAUCGCCAGCAUUUCGGCUCAGAGCAACUUCGCGGUGGGCGCGGUGGUGAACGCCACAUUCGGUUCCAUCACCGAGAUGACCUUCUACAUCACGGCGCUCCUGCAGGGUCACCGCAGCGCCUCCAAGUGCUACGAGGAGGUCGUCAAGGCCGCCCUCACUGGCACACUGCUGGGCUGCAUCCUUUUUAUACCCGGUAUCUGUAUGAUUAUCGGCGGCAUUAAACACCAGGAGCAGCGAUUUAACAGCCGCUCGGCCGGCGUGAGCUCAGCUUUGCUCUUCAUAUCCGUUGGAGGUGUUUUUGCUCCCACCCUCUUCUGUAAAACCUUUGGAAGCCUGGUGUGCGAGGGCUGCUACAACAUUUCCGGCAACGCCAGCGUGCCUUUCGUGUGCAAAGACUGCCACUACGACACGAGUAAAACGGACCCCCAGUUGAUUAUGAUGCACAUAGAGCCUCUGGUGUACACCAUCUCCCUCCUGCUGCCCGCCGCCUACCUCAUUGGCCUGAUCUUCACGCUAAAAACCCACUCUCACAUCUACGACAUCCACAUCAGCGGCCAAGGCAGCCACGCCGUCGACGAGGGCACAGCCGCUGCCACCCGCGUUGGCGAGGGCGCCGCUGGCCCGCUCCUCGCCGCCAACUCGUGCAUUAAUGCCAGCAUUGUCCCGCCGAGCCUCGUUGCUACAGGUCAUCACGUGGUCCACUGGUCGCGGUGGAGGGCACUCGCCAUGCUCAUCCUGUCCACGCUGCUGAUGGCCUGCUGCGCCGAUCUCAGCACGGACAACAUCAAACCCAUGCUGACCAGCUCUUCCAUCUCCCAGUACUUCAUUGGCGUGACCUUGUUGGCGAUGGUGCCCGAGCUUCCCGAAAUUGUCAACGGGAUCCAGUUUGCGCUGCAGAAUAACAUCAGUUUGAGUCUGGAAGUUGGGAGCUGCAUCGCCGUGCAAGUGUGCAUGAUUCAGAUCCCACUGCUUAUCCUCUUCAACGCAUUUUACGACGUGGGAUUUGUGCUGCUGUUCAGUGACAUCCAUCUCUGGGCAAGUAUCUUCAGCGUCAUUUUGGUCAACUAUAUCCUCAUGGAUGGAAAAUGUGACUACUUUCAGGGCACUGCUCUGGUCGUGGUUUACCUCAUCCUUUUGGCUCUUUAUUUCUUUGCUCCAUCCCCACGCGCUUGUUAAUAUACUCACUAAAAAAAAAAAAAAAAAUCCAAUCCAGUAUUUUUGGUAAGCAUGCAUAAACUGAAGAAUUUCUAAUGUUAAGAAAAUGUUUAGUGUUAUAGAUCUUGCCUUUAUAUUUCUAAAUAGAUAUUUGCUGUUUAUACCUGCUGUUCUUUGUUAAAUAAGUUUAAUAAAUACAAUUUAUCUGAGACUAGUAUGAGUUUUCAACUCAACUUUAUUGACAACUCAACAGUAUAGUCAGACGAACCUUUUGUGUACAUAAUUACAAUGGUCACGGUUAACAAAUUAAGUCAGGUGCAAGUACAGUUGUGUGAUCAGAAUAAAACUAAUAUCACCUGACAA